AUGGAAUACCGAAUUAAGAUCGAAAACAAUGCUGUCGACAAUCGAUACUAUUGCAUUGUCGCGCGGCCGCCCUAUGUCGCAGAUGUCGGCCCCAACCAACUGAUGACUCCUGUCCUUUCCAAUCUUGACAUUGUUCCCAUCGGAAACACUGAAACGUUCCGCUUCAAACACGAGUACUUUGCCUUCGUGGGCAAACUGACAAGAUCCGGGACUCGUCCUGCCAUUGAGCGCAACAACCAUCUCCCAGUCAAUUUCGGGACUGUGCAUGACAACGGCCCGACCAUCGAUGUAUAUUUCGAGAACAACGGGAUGCGAAUUAAACAAUCCGAAGAGACAGGUACCUUCUCAAGGAGGGGUUCUUUCAUUAUUCGGUGCGGAAAACAGCCCCCAGCCAGCGUGAGGACGGAGUUCGUUGUUGGUCUAGCCAUCAACCUUCACAAGGAGGGCAGGUCCGAAGUUGUGCCCAUUGCGGCGAUGCGGUAUAUUGCUGAUAAGCCAUACGAGAUCACGCACUCGGGGACAAUGUGCAUCUGCUCAGACACUGAAGGUCUGACGGCCGGUGAUGUGGUGCAAUCGGAGGUCCAACGGUUUGUUACGAUUGACUUCUCCAGUGGUGCUCGCAGCGUGGAACUGGUCGAGGACGAAAGGGAGAAUUUCACUAUGGUGAACGCCUAUGACUUUCUCGAAAAGUACAACAAAACACAACUGGCCGGAUAUUACCAGGCAGAGAAACUAAAAGAAAUCGCAAGGAAUGCAGACGCGUGGGGCAAGACAAUCAGCGAGGAUAGGAGCCUGAAUGAUGAGUUCAUCGACGAUCUCCUGGUACUGGCAUUAUUUGACUGCAUUCUUUUCUUAGAUAAUUCGCUUUCCAUGACCUGGGGAGAAAGGAAAAAAGAGCGGCGAGAGAUCAGCGCCGCCAUCGUCAAAGUCGAGACAAUAUUUCACAAUACCAAGGACGUGAGGGUUGAAUUCUUGAACGGCCAUUUUCGCGGAGUCGCCUCGGAGCCAGAAGAUAUGGAGAAAUUGCUCAAUGGCAUCCGUGACUUCGGCAAGACGCCGCUUGGGACUGAGCUGGAAGCUAAAGUAUUGAACAACUAUGUAUACCCAAAGUUGAAACGGGGGGAUGCAUUUCGACCGGUGUUGAUAAGCGUCAUCACGGACGGAGCGCCCCAAGGAGAACUCAAGGACACAUUCAAGAAAAAGAUCAAAGAGUGCAAAGCACUUCUCAACCAUCGAGAUAAGACCCGAGUUGGCGACAAACGUGAGGAGUUUCUACCUUUCACCAUGCGCAAGCUGACCUUGAACAUAGACGUGCUCUUUCAGAUUUCCCGGGUGGGCGAUGAUCACGACGCAAAGGCGUUCAUCAAGGAACUGAAGAAUGACCCGGAUUUGAAGGGCAUCCUUCAUUGUACUUCCUAUCUGGAUCUUGAUAUUGACCCUGAGGACGAUCAGAACGAUCCUGUAAAUGUCUAUGCACCGCUGGAGCGCGACAGCGAAUCGCAAAGAUUCAAGUUUAUGGACAGCUAG